CGGACAGUCAACCUCUACCACUUGACUGCACACCACUACCUAUGGUUUCCAUUGCUGAUCCGCGUGGCUACCAGUCGACGCUCCGGAAGAACGAGUGGGAGGACCUUGAGGACACCGAGUCGGAUGAGGAGGAGCCGCUGCCCGAGCUGCCCGUCCUUGACGAGUCCAAGGACGCCCUGCUGCUGGUGACCAACCUGCCGGCUGAGAAGGCCAAAAAGUUUGCCAAGCUCGACAAGUACGUCAAGAAGCAACUGAAGAAGGCGCUCAACACACCAUACAACCCGCUGACAGACUACGAGCUGUGCGUGGACGAUGAUGGCAACACGACGGGCCAUCUGCUGCUCUCGUUUAUCUCGGACGACGAGGCUGCGUUUGCCAAGGCCAAGCUCGACGGGUACAAGUUUGACAAGAAACACGUGCUCAACGCGUACUCGUUUGCGGACCUGGACCGUGUUGCCGAGUACCCGGACGAGUACGUUCCGCCGACGGAGGACGAGCUCGAGGCGAACCUCCCGCCUGGGAUGAACGAGAACCUCCGGUCGUGGACGACGGAUCCGCUUGGCCGCGAGCAGUUUGUGAUGAAGUACGAGGACCAGGUACAGCUUGCAUGGGCGGAGCGCGACCGCGAGCCGGAGACGAUCGACGUGCGGACAAACUGGUCGGAGACGUACCUCACGUGGUCGCCGCUCGGGUCGUACCUGGCGACGUUCCAUUCGGACGGCGAGGUGCCUGUGGGCGUGGCGCUGUGGGGUGGCAGCGACAUGAAGCGGAUUCGGCGGUUCCCGCACCGCGGCGUCAAGCUCGUGCAGUUCUCGCCGCAGGAGAACUACCUCAUCACGUGGUCGUCGCUGCCUGUGGACCCGCAGGAUGUGGAGAACACGCAGCCGAUCAUGGUGUGGGAGGUGCUGACCGGCAAGCGGCUUUACACCUCUGCGCCCAAGAUCCCCAAGGAGGCCUUCUCGUGGCCGCUCUUCCAGUGGGCCGGCGACGACUCGGCGUUUGCGCGCAUUGCGUCGGACGGCUCGGGCAUCCGCCUCAUCAACAUGCCGGACAUGACCAAGUCGAAGAUCGACAUCAAGGGCAUCAAGUCGUUUGCCAUGUCGCCGACGGACUCGCUGCUCUCGGCAUGGGUGCCCGAGGUGGAGAACCAGCCUGCGCGGGUGGUGCUGGUCAACUCGCGGACGGGCGAGAUGAUCCGCCACAAGAACCUGGUCCAGGUCGUCAACAUCGACAUGUUCUGGCAGAAGUCUGGCGACAACCUGUGCGUCAAGGUCGACCGUGUCUCCAAGUCUGGUAAGACUUUCUUUGUCAACCUCGAGUUCUUCCGCAUCCGCAUCAAGGACGUGCCUGUGGAGACGCUCAAGCUCGACACGCGAGUCAUCCGCUUCUCGUGGGAGCCGACUGGCACCCACUUUGCCAUCAUCCACGGCGCCGACAUCGACGUUCCGCGCCCGGACGUCUCGUUCUACAACCUCCAGCCGAACAAGGUCGAGCACAUCAAGACGACCGAGGGCAAGGCCGCCAACGAGCUGUUCUGGUCGCCGCAGGGCAAGCACAUUGUGGUGGCUGGCCUCCGCGAGCUCAAUGGCAAGCUCGAGUUCUGGUCGGUCAACCCGCCGGAGCAGAUGGCCAUCUGCGAGCACCUCAAGGCCACGACCGUCGAGUGGGACCCGACCGGCCGCUACGUCGCCACCUCGAUCUCGGCCUGGUCGUCGUCAAUCGAGAACGGGUACACUCUGUGGAACUUUGCUGGCCAGCAGCUCCGCCGUGUGCUCAAGGAGAAGUUCUACCAGUUCCUCUGGCGCCCGCGGCCCAAGUCGCUGCUCUCCAAGUCGCAGGUCAAGAAGAUCAAGAAGAACCUUCGCCACAAGUCGAUCGAGUACGACCGCAUCGACACCGUCCGCUCGUCAUCGCUCGACUCUGCUAAGCGCGCCGAGCGCAACGCCCUCCUCCAGGAGUACCGCGACCUGUGCACGCGCAUGGAGGCCGACGCCGCCGCCAUGGCCGACGCCCGCAACGCCCUCAUUCUCUCCGCCGCCCCGGCUGGCUACAACCCGGACGACGAUUGGGAGGAGGUCGAGGUCGAGACCGAGGAGCUGGUCAAGGAGCAUGUUGUCCAGGUGAAGGAGUAGAUGUCAAGAUAGAAGCAAACGCCUUUGUGUUCAAGAGUGUGUUAUGACUUGUCCGAGUUGUCGGUCGUUGAGCCAGACGCUGAGCCUGUUGUGUCAAAGUCAACAAAGUCGGUUCGGUACGACGAGUUGCCGUCAAAGUACUCAAAGUCGGUC